AAGGACCUUGUUGCGGUUGUAGACUUUUGUGGUGUUCGCGGUAGUAUUCUCCAAGAGGGAGAGCAAACUAUCGAAAGAUACACUAAAUAACUUACGGAUUUUUUAGUGUCGGAAUUGGUGCGUCCACGACUUUUCCUUCUAAUUGGAGUUUGACAUUCUGCGUCCAGGUGGGGAAAAGGUUCUCUAAUGUAGUUCUCAAUACAUUUCAACCAACUUGUAAUAAUUAUAGCUGUAAACGAAAACCAAUAUAAUAAUAGAAUGUAAAUAAAUAUUCGGACGGGAGGGCACUGAUAGCAUACAGUUGCUGAGUCAAAGGCUAAUACUCUAAUAAAUUAAUUAAAUAAUCACUUUUAAACGAAAACAUUUGUGUGUUAAUAUACUUAAGUAAUAUUGAUGUGAAUGUUCAUAAAUAGUUCCCACUGUUUCAUUACAACACUUUAAGGUCAAGUGCAUUUGGCCAAGUUCAAGAGCAGUCAGUUGAUACCGUUUGAUUUCCUUUUUGCUUUGGAGGUGAUUCAAUGAUAGAAAUUAAACCAGAUUACAAUUGUUUGUAUAAUAAAAAAAUCUUAUCAGUUUAUAAUAAUUUUUUUUUGCACAACAAAAACAAAUAAUUUUGCGACUAGGCGAAAAUUACACUUUCAAUAUUUUUGCUAAAAUUAGUUCGAAUUGGGAAAGCAUUGCGGUCUCAUCGGAAGAUGAAUGAAAAGUGCCCGCGCAAAAUUCUCGUUCUACUUUGUCUAUUUUUAACACAACAACUUGGCCAAUGCCACACCACGAGCGAAACGGCGAAAGUGCGCACGGGUCGCCUGGUAUCGCGUCUUUAUCGUCGACAACUUACCGAUAUGCUUAAUAUACUCGACGGGGAUAUGGAUCCGUGUGAAGAUUUCUUUACGCACGCCUGCGGUGACUAUGCCAAAGCAAUGCGUGGUGAAUUGCGAUCGAGUGAAGAAGCGAAUGUGGAUAGCAAUACCGCAUCAAAUACAGUAUCACCAUUUUUAUAUAACUACGAGGAUCGUAUGAAUUUCUUUGAAAGCAGGAGGACAAAUUUUACCACAUCUUCUGGCCAACUGCUUGGCGCCCUCUACGCUUCUUGCAAGAAACGUAAUCGGUCGCCACUUACUCAGUGGCAUCGCAUGUUGCGAGAAAUUUCCUUACUCGCAGAGAACGUACGUCUCUAUCUGGAAUGGCCGUUGCUGCGACAUGAGUGGGAAGACUUGGAAGCACAGCAUUUUUACUUAGAUUGGAUGCCGUUGGCCGCAGAUUUGGCAGCACAUGGUGUGCUCAAUUUUUUACAUAUCUUCUUCGCUGAGGGCACAAUUUUUAUAGCGCCAGUGAGCACGCAGGAUAUACGUUGUGAAUCGCUAUAUGAAUGGCAAGUACAAUUGCUGCCCUUCCGACGUAAACGUAGCAAGCAAGCGUUGCAGGUGAUUGCCAGUGACCUGCAUACAUUUUGUCGUGAGCUGAUUGGUAAACUACCUCUCGACCCUGAAUUGCAUGCUGAAAAUUAUACUCGCAACGAGAGCCAGGAAGAUGCCUUUCAUUUGUUCUCUUACAAUGUGCUUGGCAAGUACCUGCAAAUGCUUUUCGAACGCCUUCAGUUCAGUCAUAGAGAGGUGACGGAGGCGCGUGUAAUAUUAAUCGAAGAAGCGCGUUUGCGUGAUAUUGUUGCACUCAUACGCUCCACACAUCCAAGUGUACUUUUUAACUUCGUCUUAUGGCAAGUUUAUGCAACACUCCGGUAUGAAGAUUGCUUCCUGCUCACUGAAGAGUUUGAGGAAUUACUUUUGUCUGAAUACUGGAAUUGGGAUGUAUUUAAUGAGCAUUUCACUCGCAAAGUUGCCUUGGCCACUUACCUUUAUCACACCACACGCUUUCAGGAACGACGACGUGCGGUGCUCUUGGGUGAACAGUGGGAUCGUUUUUUGUAUGUGAAGUUACAACGCAGUGAUUUCAAUUUGCCUCGGCUAUUAGCCAGCUAUGCUAAGACUAGCUUAGAUCCGGCCAACCUUACAGUUAUUUAUGAGGCUGAUAAAUUGGUUGAAGGGGAUUUCUAUGGAAAUUUACUCGCUUUGCGUCGCCUGCAGCUAAGAAACACAUUCUAUACUGCCUUCAUCGAUCCGGAGGACUACAAUCAUCCCAUCUACUUUUUGCGUCAUUUUCUUCAUUUCACCAUUUUGACAAUGCAACGCCCACUUUUUCACUACUUCGCCACCCUUGGUUUCGAUUUGUGGCACAAACCAGAUUUGCUCUACAGUUCAGAUGGUUACUAUACGGCUUUGGAUUGUCUGGAACAUCAAUCGUUGUUAAAUUUUGACGAUACGACUAUGCUUCAAGUGCUGGAUGAAUCACAAGUCUCUGAGACUUUUCGAUUUUACCGUGCCUUCAUUGAAUCCUUGAAGGAUUAUGAAUUCUGGUUGGAGGGUGAGUCUUUUGCAUUCGCAGAACAGUAUGCGCUGGAAUAUUUUGGUUUGACUUCAAAGCGGAUUCUAUUCUAUGCUGUGGCACAAUUGCAUUGUGGACGAAAUGAUGUAUGGUAUGGGUUGUUGAUCAAUCGGAGCUUUAUGAAUAUGCCACAGUUCGAAGCGGCCUUCGAGUGCGAUGCGGAGGUACAUAUGAAUCCGCAGGUCAAGUGUAUGAUCAAUCACUGUGAAUGAGGAGCGAUAUGUAGAUCUAGUAAAGAGGCGUUAACCGCUACAAUAAAAAAAUAGCUGAAUGUAUUAAGAAUAAAAUUAAUGUAUAAAUAA